AUGUCUUCUUCCCACCCCGGCUGGACCGCCUAUGAAUACUACCCCUCAAUGGGGGCAGCAGUAGUAUUCGUCAUAUGCUUUGCAAUUGUCACUUUAAUGCACACAUUCCAUUUGUUCCGCACAAGAACAUGGUUCUUCAUCCCGCUCGUCAUCGGCGGAUACUUCGAGCUAGUUGGAUAUAUCGGCCGCGCCAUGUCAUCGAAGGAAUCGCCUAAUUGGACCAUCGGACCCUAUGUUAUGCAGAGCACAUUGCUGCUCAUUGCCCCGGCGCUGUUCGCAGCUAGUAUCUACAUGGAAUUAGGUCGCAUUAUUGUUAUGGUCAAGGGGGAGCAGUUCGCGUUGAUUCGGGUUAGCUGGAUGACCAAGAUAUUCGUCGCGGGUGACAUGUUGAGUUUCUUGAUGCAGGCUUCUGGUGCCGGGAUAAUGGUGAAAGGCACAAGCUCCACCGACCCGUCAUCCUCCACGAGCACCGGCCAAAACGUUAUCAUCGGUGGCCUCAUCGUGCAAAUCGUCUUCUUCGGCUUUUUCCUGAUUAGUGCGUUCAUCUUCCAGCGGCGCAUGGGCUCGCACCCCGAACCUCGUGCAGUGGCGGACCAGUACCCAUGGCGCAAGCAUAUGUGGGCGUUGCACUCGUCCAGUAUCCUCAUUCUCAUUCGGUCCGUCGUUCGUGUUGUUGAGUAUGUCCAGGGUACGCAUGGUUAUCUCAUGGAGCAUGAGGUUUUCAUUUAUGUCUUUGAUGGAUUGUUGAUGUUUGCCAUGAUGGUCAUUUUCGUGAUCGUUCACCCUAGCGAGGUGAAUUAUCUUCUUGGGAGGGGAAGAGUCGUAACGGCUAUGGGUGGGUUGAAGGCCAUGGAGGGCUCGAGCGCGGUUUAG